UUGCAGGGGCUGUGCGGAUGGCAUCGUUCGUGUCGCGGUACUUUGCAGGGGCUGUGCGGAUGGCAUCGUUCGUGUCGCGACACAGAAUGUGCCCGCUAGAAGAAGGCACAGACAUCUUUUUCUGCGUUUUGGAAAGGCCAGGAGGGCUGAGCGUGGCCUCGCUCCGAGCGCACAUGUGCCGCAAGUAAAAGAGCUCCGCGAUUGCCAGUGAUAGCAAGCAAUGGACCAAGAUUCACACUGCACAGCAGAAAAGGAACUGUUGGAAGCUGUAAGCAGAAUUACUACAUCUUCUACCACAAGUCCAUCUGAUGAAGAAGAAAAUCAACCUGAAGCUGAAAUUUCAUGUCAAGUGAGAAAAGAAAACUCAGAAAAAGAUGACACACAAGAUUCCAGUGCAACCCUAAGUCCCAACUCUUCAAUGACCACUAAGGAGCUUCAGGAAUAUUGGAGGAAUGAAAAACGCCAGUGCAAACAAAUCAGACUCCUUUUUGAAAUCCCAUCAACCAGAAUUGUAGAGCACCACUUAUCUAAAUAUGUGAUGUAUAAAAUCAUCAUUUUGCAAACAGGGAGUUUUGACAGCAACAAGUCUGUAAUUGAAAGGCGUUAUUCAGAUUUUGAGAAACUGCACAGAAAUCUGCUGGAAGAAUUUUGCGAAGAACUGGAAGAUGUAACCUUUCCCAAAAAAACUCUAACAGGAAACUUCACAGAAGAAAUAAUCAAUGAAAGAAAAUUAGCCUUCAAGGACUACCUGAGACUCCUCUAUUCUAUGAAAUACAUCAGAAGAUCAAAAAAAUUUAUAGACUUUUUAACAAGGCCAGAGCUGCAGGAAGCGUAUGGCUGCCUGCGGGGUGGCCAGUACACCAAAGCUUUGGAAAUCCUCGUGGAAGUCAUUGGGCUGCAGGAAAGGCUGACGAGAGGAAACCCUGUUGCAAUUGUCCCCACACUCUGUGCCAUCGUGGUGUGCCACAAGGACCUGGAAAACCCAGCAAGUGCCUUUGAAUACGGAGAAAAAGCUCUGGCACGCCUCGGUGUGCACACCAGCCACAGGUACUACAUGCCACUGUUAGAAACAAUGAUCGCUCUGGCAUAUGAACUUGGCAAGGAUUUUCUGUCUUUGCAAGAAAAACUGGAAGAAUGGAAGACAAAGAAAGAUCCCAUACGGGUUUUUACCCUGAAGGAACUGGCAGUCCGGGAAUACGUACGGUGAGCAUAAGAAAAAUUUAAUGAAAGUGCAGACGCUUGAAAGAGUGAGAACUUGAAAUUACCCGUUUGGCUUACAUAUAACAUUGUAUUAAUAGGGAAAAAAUUAAAUAUCUCCUAUGCUCAAAGGGACAUAAACAUCUAUGUUGGAAUGUAUUACAACUACUGUACAGAUAUGAGGAAUUACUGAGGAGGACUUCUAAGGUUUUUUUAAAGGAAAUUUGCAAGAAAAUAAUCUUUUAUUAUUAGGUUAUUUUGAACAUAGCUUAUUUUGUGUGAAAAGUCAGAAUAAGAAAAUAUAAUUAAUAAAGCAAAUGAAAAUCUACAGAA